AUGGCGAGCGCGGCGACGGGACCGGAUGUCGUUCCACCCGUGGUGGAGGAGGAGUCGACUGACGUCGGGUCGACCGAGGGGCAGAAGGCGCCCGAGGUCAAAGAGAACAUCGUCGAGGAGGGCGGCCUGUCGGAGCCGCUGAAGGAGCGCCGGUCCAAGGCCGCUAGGGACCGAGCCCCGCCCAGUGAUGCUGACACGCGGGCGGGCGAGGUGCCAUCGACUGAGGCGGUGAUGCAAGCGGAAGAGGCGACCGAGUCACGCCAUCCGCCGCCUUCUACCUUGACUUUCACCGAGCUCCACACGGCGCUUGGUGAAGCACACGUGGCGGAGGUUAAGCGAUUGACCGCGCUCGUGGAGGAGGCGGCGCAGAAGAACCGGAAGCUGAUUGCUCUGGGCACAGAGGCGCAGGCAAAGGCUCUUGCCGAGGCUCGGGAAGGAUUCGUCAAGGAAUCUUUCUACCGUGAAGCCGAAUUCCGGGCGCAGCAGGCCGAAGAGGCCCGGAAAAGGGCAAAAGCGGAGGUGGCGGAAUUGACGAAAGUCCUGGAGCAGAAGGGCCGGGAACUGGAAGACGUCAUCGCCGAGUACAAGGUAAAGCUGGAGGCCGCGACUGAUGCGCGGGACUCCGCGCGUGGGGCUGCCACGUCUCUUCGGGAGGAGGUUGCGGCCUUGAAGCAGCAGCACGCCAAGGAGCUAGCUGCGGAAAAGGAGGCGUCCGAAGGCAUCGUCCUGGCGGUGCAGGCCGAGAAGACCAACUUCGAGGCCUUCGUCAGAGAGAUGUCGCGGCAGAUUCUUGGUACGUGCGACUUCGUGGAGACGGCGACUCCACGGGAAUGCUUGUCGACCGCGACCGCGCGUAUCAUCGCCUGUGCGGGGGAGAUACUGGCCGCGCUCCAGUACCUGAGUCCGCGGGAGGUGAUUCCGCGGGACACGCCAUCCGUCUUCAGGGCCGUGUCCAAUAUUCCGGCCGUGGUUGACUGGCUUCGCCGCUCCUCCUGCCGUGUUGGCAUUACCAUGGCUCUGAGCAUGGUGCUGGUGCACUACUCCGAGGGAUUCGACGUGGAGGUGGUCACCGCUGGCUUCCCCUCGGAGACUGGCGAGUUCGAUGUUGCCGAAGUGCUACGACUGAUGGAUGCGGUGCGCCCCUUUGCCGACCGAGUACUGGCGACUGCGGACUUGGAGACUCACAUCCCCAGCCAAGCGGCGCCUGGGGACGCGGAGAAGGAGCCAGGCCCGGUGGACUACCCCGCGGAGCGCCUCUUCCAUGCCGCGGCCGCCGGCUCGUUGUCUACGUAUCCGGUCGUGCUGUACACGCCGAAGUUUCGUCAUGGCGAUGAUGGCGUCGAGCCUGUCGUAGAGGGGGCUCCUGGGCCGUCCUCGUAGUUUUCUGAGUUCCUGCGUAAGAAGUAGCUUGGAUUCCCGCGAGCGGGUGUCAGUUGUAAAUAAAGUGAUAACUUUUGCUUAAAUAUAAUUCUGUGGUUGCUUUUGAAUU